UGCAACGCCUCGUGAUUUCUUCGUCCCCCCCACCCUUUCUCCUCUCCGUAUUUCCAAUUUUUUCCUUACUUCUUUUGGGAGAGAGAGAGUGUUUUGGAAGGCCCUGAUCUGCCCUUGAUCUCGCGAGAGCGUGGGAUUGGAUCCGGAAGCGAUUGCGUUGCGCUCCGUGGCGUGAGAUCUGCGGAGGUUUAUGCGUGGAAAUCGGCUUUCAAGGCGAACAUUGCUGCGGCUUCCAAGUGAUUGGGUUUUUUUUUUGGGUAGGGGGACGGAUUUGAUUAUUAUUAUUAUUAUUUUGGAAUUCACGCGGCCGGAGUUGAAUUUAAGCUGAUAGGGGUCUCGAUUUGCCGACAUUGGUGAGGCUGGAACAGCGACAGGGACUGGAUUUCUGAAAGCUAUUGGGUUUUGAGUUAGAGGGUUUCGAAGAGAGAGAUUUUGGUCAAGGAAUUGGGGUUUCUGCUCGAUUUUUCGGAGGUUUCGUGGAGAUUUAGGUGGACGAGGCUCCAAAUUCUGAGGCAUUGCUACAGACAGAAUCAGUCUGGACGGUGCUAGGGUUUCGAUUGAGCGGGAUUCAGGUACUUCGGAUAAAGUUUAGUUUCUGCGCAUUAUCUCUACUGUUUCUUUGAUGAAUUCUUAUGAAUUACUAGAGAACGAGUCCCUGGCUUUAGAAGUUGGAAGCUUUGUUGGGUUUCCUCUAGUUUUCAGUUUCUGAAGUAAUUCUUGAGUAAUUUUAAAGCAUUUCUUCCACCUUUUGGCUUCGUGCAUUGCCAUUUCAAGGCCUUAGAAAUGAGGAGGGUAGGAGCAUGUUAUAGUCUCUGAAUCAGUUCUGAGGUCCUCUUGUUUUGCCCCAGUCCCUCAGAAAAACGAAAAAAAAAAUUGAUAGAAAGAGGGAUUUGGGGCAUUAUAUUUUAAACCAUGUACAACCAUCGGAGAUUGGCUAAGGUUAUCAAUUGAAACAGUCUUCAGAAAUCUUAAAGCAUCCAUGGAGUCCAUUCAGCAUUUCAUGAUCAUUCUUGUGCUCAUUGGGAUUCUAUCGGCGUACCAAUAUAAGGCCCAAUCGAGCGGAGGUUCCAUGACACCUGCAAGAUCACUGGAUGCACUCCUUCAGGACUAUGCUUACCGGGCUUUUGUUCAUCCCCACACUGGAAGACCCUAUGAUGGUCAAGUCCCAUCCAAUAUUACUGGCAUCAAGAUAGCAGCAUUAAGGCUCAGGAGUGGGAGCUUACGUAGAAAGGGAGUUCCGGGGUACAAGGAAUUCCAAAUCCCCACUGGAGUCAUCGUGCGGCCAUAUGUCAAAAGGCUUGUCCUGGUUUACCAAAAUCUGGGUAACUGGUCCUCUACUUACUACAACCUUCCUGGCUACACUCACUUAACUCCUGUGCUCGGCCUUCUUGCUUAUGAUGCAGCAAAUCUGUCUGCCACCAACUUGCCAGAAUUAACUGUUGUUGUUUCAAAAUCGCCCAUAUUGAUUAAUUUCACGGAUGCAAGACCAGUGCCAGCUGGGCUGAGUGCCAGAUGUGUGUAUUUCAAUUUGGUUGGCUUGCCAGUGUUCAGAGAAUUAGUGUCAAGCAAUGUUUGUUCAACAUCCCAACAGGGUCACUUCUCUAUUGUGGUUAAUGCCAGCAGCAUUGCUCCUCCUCCUGCACCAAGGCCUGGUCACGCUAAGGGUAAUAAGUCUAAGGUGUGGAAGAUUGUCGGUGCUGUCGUUGGCGGGUUCAUUGCUUUGGUUCUCUUGGCAUUGCUUGUGGCAUGGAUGUUUCGUUACAGACAAGAAAGAAAGAUGGCAGAUAUGGAACGGCAUGCUGAUGUGGGAGAAGCAUUACAAAUGGCAAGGGUUGGAAACACUCAGGCACCAGUGGCCUUAGGGACACGGACACAACCAGUUCUUGAGAAUGAAUAUGUUGCUUGAGUUGUUGCAUAGAAUGAGUACCAAACUGGUGUCCUUUCUUGGCUGGUAUGUGAGGAACAAAAUGAGGAUUUUCUUUCAAAUAUUUGAUAUGUACAGAAUGCGUGCACAAGCAUUGCCAUGUUCUUUUGCUCAAGUGCCGGCCAAGAGGAUGAUUUUCUGUGAUAUUGGUUGGGUUCUGGGCUUGGCGUUUAUUUAAGAUCAGAUCACACAUUCUUUUUUUCUGUGUCAAUGGUAGCAUGGUCAUGCAGGGUGAAGUUUGAAUUGUUGUGUAGACACAUCAUGCAGGAGAUGGUGUUUCUUACUAUGCCUGGUCUGGAACUGUUUUGAUUAUUUAUUUGGUAAAUGUAUUUAGAUGCAGCGUUCUAAUAAAGAUGAGAUAUUAUUCUUUUCUCACUA